UAAGCUCCACAGAUAUAAGGCUGGCUGGCUUUUCAUCAUUUGUUCUUGCAUACGGUUCUUUGAGCUUUCGAGUUAUCAUGAGUUCUAUGGGAAAAACUAGCAUUUUCUCUCUUCUGCUUCUUCUGUUGUUUCUUUCUGGCACUAUUUUCAUUUUCCAAGCAAAGGCAGAAACACUAAACAAUGCCGGGAAGAGUUCAGUUCGAGCCAUUUUUGUUUUUGGAGAUUCUACUGCGGACCCUGGAAAUAAUAACUACAUAAGUACCGCAUUUAAGAGCGACUUUCCACCUUAUGGAAGAGAUUUCUCCAACCAAAUUCCAACGGGAAGAUUUACUAAUGGAAGGCUGGCUAAUGAUUAUAUUGCCAAAUACCUUGGUAUCAAAGAUUUAGUGCCACCUUAUCUGGAUCCAAACCUCAAAAUUGAGGAAUUGGUGAGUGGAGUCAGUUUCGCAUCUGCUGGAUCCGGAUUUGACCCGCUCACACCACGACUAGGGAAUGUGAUCUCCCUGUCAAAACAGCUGGAGUACUUCAAAGAGUAUCAAUUAAAAGUGGCCGCAGCAAUCGGGCAGGAGAAGACUGGAGAACUAAUAAGAAAUGCCAUGUUCCUUGUUAGUGCUGGCACAAACGACUUUGUCGUCAAUUAUUUCACGAUGCCGAUUCGAAGGAAAGCCUAUACCAUUUCAGGUUACACAGACUUUUGUCUGCAAAACGUACAGCAUUUCUUGCAGGAUUUGUGGGAUGUUGGAGCUCGACGAAUCGGAGUUGUUGGGCUGCCACCGAUGGGUUGUUUGCCGGUUGUCAUUACCAUCUACGCCGAUCACCCCCUAACGAGUCGCGGCUGCGUCGACAGUAUCUCGUCCGUCGCUCAGGAUUACAAUCGGAAACUCCAGAACCAACUGAACGCCACCCAAAUCAGAUUAGCAGCUAAUGGUUCUCGAAUUGCCUAUCUGGAUGUCUAUGGGCCAUUGGCAGAGAUUACAUCCCAAGGCCGUAAAUAUGAUUUUGAUGAGGUUAGCAGAGGCUGUUGCGGCACGGGGUGGCUUGAAACAUCAUUUAUGUGCAACCCCAGGUCGUUCGUAUGCCCGGAUGCCUCCAAGUACGUAUUUUGGGACUCAAUCCACCCAACUGAGAAAUCAUACGGCCUUGUCUUUCAAGCCCGUCGGCCUACGAUUGAUUACAUUGUCAGUGAUUAAUGCUUCCUUCAUUACCCUCUAUUC